UGGUUAUGAGGUUAUUGACCGGGAGAAAGCUGCCCCAGCUUGCGUAAGCAGUCCUAUUUCCAAUGUGUAGAACCUGAUUCUGGGAAUGGAGGGAUAAGGGUUCUCAUCAUGACUUUUCAUUGCCAGGGAGCCUUACAAUCAGUUUGUUGUGAGAAGGCCCUGGGAAGAGGAGGAGGUGGCGCUAGAAGAAUGCGAAUGUUUCAUUUGAAUACAUUUACCCCUGCCUGGGAUACAAAGUAACCGUGGAAGUUGGACCUGUUGCUUCCUGGUAUCGGGGCUUCUUGUUGAAAUUCAGCCCCUGAAGAUUCCCCCCCCCCCCCCCCCCAUUUGCUACUCGCCUUCCUCUUUAGCUUGAUGGCUCCCGAAUCGCCCUGUGCCCUGACUCUGUGAUUUCGUGGGGGGGGGAGGUUGUUCGCCCAGCCCGGCGCCAGCGAUGGGUUCCGUCAGAAACGGUGUUCGGCGAAAUGAGACGUACGUUCUGGCCGUCGAUGUUGGCUCCACAUCCAUCAGGUGCCACGUGUACGACCCCGCUGCCAAGAUCAAAGGUUUCAGCAGUAAGCCGAUAACCAUGUUGUAUCCCAAACCUGGCAGGGUUGAGGUGAAUCCCGACUCAAUAUUUGAACAAUUUGUUGCUGUUGUGAAAGAAGCAGUUGAAGUUUCCGGAUUGCACAUGAAGCAGAUGGUUGCUCUUGGUAUUUCAACGCAGAGAGCAACAUUUGUCACUUGGGACAAGACAACAGGAAGACCCUUUCAUAACUUUAUCUGCUGGCAAGACCUUCGAGCAGUUGAUCUUGUCAAAUCAUGGAACAAAUCAUUACUACUUUGGGUGGUUCAUAAAUCCAGUGGAUUGCUCCAUUUUCUGACAAGGAAGAAGCGUUUCUUAGCUGCGAGUGUGAUCCAUUUCUCCACGCAGCACGUGUCCAUUCGUUUAGCCUGGGUUCUCCAAAAUAUAAAAGAGGUUCAAGAUGCUAUUGCUGAAGAAAACUGCUGUUUUGGGACCAUUGAUACGUGGCUGUUGUACAAACUGACAAAAGGUGCUGUUUUUGCAACAGAUUACUCAAAUGCAAGCACUACAGCAAUGUUUGACCCAUAUCAGUUGUGCUGGAGUACAUUCCUCGCAAACCUUCUCUCAGUGCCUGUGUCUAUCCUCCCGCCAGUAAAGGAUACCAGUUGCAACUUUGGUUAUACUGAUAGAAGUAUAUUUGGUACCCCUAUUCAAAUAAUGGCCUUGGCAGCAGAUCAACAGGCAGCCAUGUUCGGAGAAUGCUGCUUUGAACCAGGAAAUGUGAAAAUCACAAUGGGGACAGGCACUUUCAUGUCUAUCAACACUGGAACCAAGCCUCAUACUUCUCUAACAGGCCUUUAUCCAUUGGUUGGCUGGAAAAUUGGAUCUGAAAUUACAUAUAUAGCUGAAGGAAAUGCUUCUGAUACGGGUAAAGUGAUCCAGUGGGCACAGCAACUGGGUUUAUUCUCUGAUGUUGCUGAAACUGAAAAGAUGGCGCAGGAAGUGCAAAAUUCAGAUGGCGUAUACUUUGUCCCAUCAUUCAGUGGAUUACAGGCUCCUUUAAAUGAUCCUAAUGCUUGUGCGUCAUUUAUGGGACUGAAACCUUCAACAACCAAAAUUCAUCUAGUACGAGCAAUACUGGAAUCCAUAGCCUUCAGGAACAAACAACUUUAUGACACAAUGCUGAGAGAAAUCCACAUUCCGAUUACGUGUGUCAGGGCGAAUGGUGGUAUAUGCAACAACGAGUUUGUCAUGCAACUUACCACAGAUCUGUUUAUCUGUGAUAUUGAGAAACCUAAACGCGUGGAUAUGUCGAGUCUAGGGGCAGCCUUUUUAGCUGGCCUUGCAAUUGGGUACUGGGGCAGCAGGGAAGAAUUGAAGACCAUUAGAUCUGUGGAAAAGACUUUCAAACCUCAGGCUGUGUUACAUCACUAUCAACCCACCAUAGAGAACUGGGAAUUGGCUGUAAGACGAUCUAUGCAUUGGUAUAAUAAAACAAAGCAGGAGUGAAUUUUUACUUGAAUAAAAUGUGGCACUGACAAGUUUCUUCUGAAGAUGUUCCAAAUACAUGUUUGUAAUUGACUCCCUUAGAUAAGACUGAUUAUGAUUUAUCUGAAGGGAGAAUAUAGAAUACUGUGAGUCUUGUUUAAUUUUUGUAAUAGAUAUAGCUGUGGAAACAUCUCCUAGUAUAGAACCAUUUGUGCCUGCAUCAAUAUGUAUUGAAAUGAUGGCAAUUUCAAGAUUAUCUAAACUUUCAAAUUCUUCCCGGCACCAUUUGUCUUUGCAAGCUAGCUUGCAUUUAAAUGGCUGUCAAAAAGAUGCAGUCCAAAUAAGUGAUAGUUGAGCAAGAGUGCCUGGCAUUGGUGACUUUUGAACCUGUGACCAUUUCAAUGAAAGUCAGGUGCACUACCACCAUGCAUGUAGGCUGCUUUGGUCAUUGUAACUUCUGGUCCUGAAGAGUAUUCUGAAAGCAUUAGACUUUCAACUUGAAGCCAGGGCAUUAAACUGGUAUUGCAGAAAGGCUGUAGAAUUGGGAAACUACCCAAUUCUAAUUUCCAUUGAAAUCAAUAAAAAGGAAAAUUGUGUUGGUUUCUAUAAUAUCUGACCAAUAAAUUACAACUGUGACUACAUUUCACAAGCACUUCAGUGGCUGUAAGAUGAUUUGCAACAUCUUGAGAUUGUGAAAGGCACUAUAUAAAUGCAGGUCUUUUUUUUGUUGGGUGAUAUAUCAGAUUUCUACCUCUAAGUAUUUUAAUCUGGAAUAAAUUAAUGUGUGCUUUAUUAUUGCUAUCUGAACUAAAAUCUGCAGAAUAGCAGUUUAUGAAUUACCACUGUGUGCCUUAUUAGACUUUUUUAUUAUAGUUAUUUGCAUAGAGAUGCAGACUUAGCUUCCAUUUUAAAUUGUAAAAUUUAGAUUAACCCGAACAAAGAAAAGUAUUAUGAAAGCUUAAAUAUUUUUCCACAUGAUUUCAAUGUAGUACUUGAGAAAAUAUUAAAGAUACUUGAUUUUUAAAAAUUGUUCAAGUUACAAAUGACAAAUUUGAAAAUGGUUAAGCCAUCUUCAACACAGUUGAACUCUACAAUGUCUGUUUCAUUAGUAACUAAUGGGCUUAAGUUAUUACAGCACUCCAUUUUAUAGUUUAAUUUCCUUGGGGUUAUGAAACUUGUUUGAAGCAAUGACUUAACUAUUUCCUCUUGUUCCUGUUACACUAAGUUUUUACAGUAUAUGGCCACUACCUCACAGUAAGGUGGCUUUCACUUCAAUUUUAUAGUCAGUACAUUCCAUUUAAACCUGUGCUGCCUCUCCAUUCGAUCUUAUAUAUAGUUCCAGUAGUAAGUCAUGUGUAGCAGCACAGGAGUAAACUGCUGUUUCAUGGAAUGAUAGGGUGUGGAUUUCCAAUACUAUUCCUAUUGUCGAUCACAUUCAUUCCAUUGGGUGAUGCUCAGUGUAAGUUAAAUAUUUCCUCCUCAAAUGGAAGAUCAGAGGACUUUCAUUCCAGGCUGCUCUUGUGCAACUGCGAGCAGCCAGUUCAAAACCGUUGUCAGAGGCCUGUAAGCAACUUACCUUCUUAGGCUCUGUUGUGGAGAAAAUGUCUGUUUCGUUUUUCUUCUUAGGGCUUCUCUGCACCACAUGUUUAAGAAGUAGAAAGGAUCAUUUUCAUAUAUUCCAAAAGUGAAAUGUUUGUACGAACCGAUGUGCAAUGGCAAAAAUAAAUAGUUCUAAAUACAA